UGUGUGUGUGUGUGUGUGUGUGUUUGCUCAUUUGUGUCACUGGCAUUUGAAAUGGCACCCUAGUGUUCAAAGUCGAAUUCGGGCAGCCCAAAGUGAGCAUCUCAUAAAUCUAACAUGUCAUGUGCAGUUGCACUUACGUGUGAGUGAGAGUUUUAAGAGGCGGGUGAAAGAGAAAGAGGGACAAAGAGAACGAGACUGUUGGAUAGGAGAGAAGGGCACUUAGCAAGAAAGCUAAUUGAAGUAGAGAACUCAAACAUCUACUCUUGACACUUUGGAUGAAAGACACAAAUUCCAAACCCUGGAUGGAAACAUUAAAAGCUACCUGCAUUGCAGAUGAAGGAAACCAGGAAUUCUGUGUUUGUGUUUCCAGAAACUUCAAUUAACUUUUACUGACGCUGACCUUUGAUAGACCAACGGGACAUUUUAAGCUUUUUUUUCUGUGAAGAUUUGGAUAAUGGCAUUGUUUAAGACUCAUGUAUUGACAUCUCUAAGGACUAGUCAACCAUGUCUACAACUCUGUUGAAGUUUUAAGUGAAAAAAGAGGAGCCUGAGCAUUACCUUUUUACCCAUUUACAACUACACCUGUUGAAAUUUUAAAGAGAUGAUCCACCCCACUGCCCACUAAAGCACUUGGGAUUUUUUGUUUGGCCUUUCCAGUUGAGUGCCAUUCUGUGGAUCAUGAGCUUGGUGCCCAAUGCCAGCAUCACUGUCCCUUCCAACUCGGGCACUAGUGGAACAGGAAGUGGCUCAAGUGGAGGUGGAACAGGCACCGUGUGGGUAACCCCUCUUCUCGGUGCUACCCUGAUCACCAUGUGCAUCCUUGGCGUUGUGGGAAAUGUUUACACACUGGGUGUAAUGCGCUCUGCGGUUCUGCGCCGCUCUGGUUCCAUGUAUGUCUUCAUUGUCAAUCUGGCAGCAGCUGACCUGCUCUACCUGGGCACCAUCCCGUUCGUAGUAUGCACCUACUUUGUCCAUGACUGGCUCUUUGGUGAGACAGGUUGUCGGGUUCUGCUUAGCCUCGACCUGCUCACCAUGCAUGCCAGUGUCUUUGCCCUUGUGGCCAUGAGCCUGGAACGUUAUCGUGCCGUGGCAUCACCAUUCCAUGCCCGUCGCUCUGCCACUGACUCUGCCCGAUGCCACUGGCUACCAGCUCUUGCCAUCUGGGGUGCUGCCUUGGUACUCACACUACCCAUGAUGGUGAUGAUCAGGCUACGGGAGGGGCGUCCAGCAGCCUCUGGUCUCGUCAAGCGCAUCUGCUUCCCCACAUGGACGCCUGAGGCCUUCAAAGCCUACCUCACUGUUCUUUUCUUCACUAGCAUGUUGGUGCCAGGGCUAGUAAUGGUGGUGCUAUAUAUAGGGUUAGCACGACACUACUGGAUAGCGCAGUCCAACCUCACCCGUAGAGGAGCAGGAAACAAGAGCAGCAUCCGACUUUCCACCUUUUCUUGCCCGUCUAAGCGGAAACGGCUUAAGCACAAGGUGGUCUGCAUGAUCUUCAGCAUUGUGGUGGCCUAUUGGGCAUGCUUUCUGCCCUUUUGGGGCUGGCAGAUGGCCAAACUUUUCUCAGCCGAAUCCCUGCGCUCAUUGACACCUGCCACACACACCUAUGUCAACUUCUUUGUUACUUGCCUUACAUAUGGCAACAGUUGUGUGAACCCACUGCUCUACACAUUGCUCACCCGCAACUAUAAAGACUACCUGGCGCAAAGGGGACAGGCCUCAGGCUCCAGCCGUAUCGACCAGGGCUCAGGGUCAGGUAUUAACAAUCUGUAAAUUAAAUUAUCUGAUUGACUGCCAUGGAUACCAUCUUACUAAUAUUCUACCACAACUGCAUUUGGUUAUAUCUCAUAUUCCCAACCCUGUUCCUGGAUCACCCUGUACUGUAUAUUUCUUUUGAUUGUUUUCCAUGAUCUUUCACACAACCUUCAACUCAGGAAAGGUUGUUAUUAGCUGAAUAGGUGUAUAUGGCACAAGGGCAACACUAAAAUGUAUUACAGGACCAAGGGGUACUCCAAGACCAUGGUUGGGAACCUGUGGGGUAUGUGCUAUAACAGUAGUUAUGAACCUUGGUCCUGGAGUCUACUUGGUCUGAAUAGUUUUGCCUGCUCGAGCUCAGAUAAUCUGGCUAGUACACUAAUUAACAGGCCUGUUGUGAGUGGAUGUUUAGUGCAAGAGUAUUUAAUCCAAAUGAAGUCAGGAAUACUUGUAUUGUCAUGCCAUCCAAAUACAUGCAUACAGAAGAAUUAAAUGUUGUUCACCCAGGACCAGAGUUCAACACAAUACAAAGAGGGCACCAAAGUCUAUGACUGGGAACUACUGCUACAUAGAUUAUGCAAUGACUUGAGCAACUACCAGGUCAGUUUGAAUCAGUCUGACAUUUUUGACAAAUGCUGGUAAGUGGUGGACAGCCAAUUUGAUGGACUGCUGAUUAUUUAGAUAAGUUGCUUGCUACAAUCUUCUGAACCUACAGGUUGCCAUGGAUUCAGCUUCAUUUGUGACAUGAACCAUCUUUAGUGCUUUGUUUAUAUUUUAGCUAGAUUAUGUCUUAAUUAUGUUUGAUAUCUUUAUCAGUGUUAGCACAUCCCACUUAUAAAGGUAUGUUUUGCUGUGAAGUUUCUUUUAGCAGUACUCUAAAGAUCUCUAAAGAUAAAAUAAACACCUCAAGCUCUUAUCACCUA